AUGCAACGAGCUGCCUCUGCCGCGCGCCGCUUCUGCUCGUCCAAGACGACGCCGCCGCCCGAGUUUCCCAAGCAGCAACUCGGCGUAUGGUUCUCGGCCACGGCCAAGGAGCUGCAAACGCGAUCGCUCGCUUCAACCAAGGACUUUCGCCAAUGGUUCUUUGCGAGCGAUGCGAAAUGGUGGAUCGGCGGCGCUACCAUCGUCGGGUUUACGUUUGGGGCGCGCGAGCGCAAGCACUGGCAUCACCACCGCCACUACUACGACAACUUUGACAGCUACUGGACCAAGAGCAGCGGCGACACGCGCUUCUUUGGGUGGGACCGUUCGCACUACGUGCCAACCGACGCUGUGAAAACGAACCCUAUGACAUGGCCACCGUCGGCGUACGCCGUGUCCGAGUCGACGAGCAAGGCUGCCAUGGGCGGAGCCGUCAGCACAGUUGUGACCCAAGAGCUGGGCAAGCCCCGCGACGUCUCGGACAUUCCCGACGGAGACUGGAAGGCGGCCAAGGACGAAGUAGCGCGGCUACGGCAGCUCCUCGCCAAUUUGCAGGGCGACGCUGGCCCGCCAGCACACGUCCACACAAAGGCGGCCCCCGAGCCUGCGAUGGACCCGAAAAGCAGCGACGAGAGCAGGGAGGGUCGCGCGCUCUGGUCGUCGUCCGUCGCCUCCCGUGACCCGGUGUCCGGUGCGCUCGUCGGUCAAAUCCGCACCAAGCUCUUUGAACGAUACGACUCGCUACGCGCAUGCUUCCUCAAGAUCGACAUUGACCGGUCCGGGUACCUCAGCCGGGACGAGUUUAUGUUUUGCAUGGCCAACCUCGGCUUGCCGAUGACGGACGAGGACUUUGACGUUGUCCAAGCUUCGUACCCGCACAAGGAAGCGGCGGGCGACCACGACCGAGGCAUCGGGUACCUCGAGUUUAUCAAGCUCAUGACCGACGAGCUCCACUACACGCCGGGGUCGGGCGAGGACGAGGCCGACGGCAACUACUUUGGCCAAACGACGCACGGCACUUCGUUUCCGCCCAUGCGCGAACUCGAGUCGCCGUCGAUGCACCACCGGCUGAGCCGACCCGAGCUCCGCCCGCACACGGUCGCCGUCGCUGCACCGGCACUCGCCCGCCUCCGGCACACUUUCAACCGGCAGAUCUUUGGGACGUUCAACAACAUGAAGGACGCGUUCAAGGCGGCAGACAAAGACCGCUCUGGCUUUGUCGAGCCCAACGAACUCAUUGCGCUCCUCCACGAUGUGCUCGGGAUCCAAGCCAGCGACCGCGACAUCCUCGAUAUGCUCGACGCCUUUGACACCAACCGGGAUGGGAAAUUGGCCUACUCGGAGUUUGUCAAGUGUCUGAGUCAAAUGCGGUGAUACGAGUAAUACGCAAUAACCUCAUUCUAGCAUGGACAAAAGAUGUUGUUUUCAACA